AUGGCCCUGCCUGGGGCCUUCGCCUCACGCUUCAACGGCCUGGAGAGGCGGAUGCCAGGCUGCUAUGCGCUGAUCGUGCAUGGUCGGCUGCCAGACUUCACCGCGGACGACGAGGACUACGAGCCCGAAGAGGCGGACACCCCCAACGGCGACACCCCCAACGGGGAUGCAUCCAGCGCCGCGGCCGGCUCGCGCCGAGGCAAAAGCCGCGCAGGCGUGUCAGACAACACGCCCUCCGCGGAGCAUGCGGUCUCUGAGCAUACGGAGUCGGACGAGGACUUCGAUAUCCACGAGCUGUUGAAAACGCCUCAGGUGUCGCCCUCCCCGGGAGUGGAGAGGUUAAAGACCUCCAAGGUCGCGUCGCCGGGCAAGCGCAGAAGAGAGGCGGGCCGGGGAUUGCAAGAUGGGCUGCUGCUUGGGGCGUUCGAGCUUGGACCUUUGGAAAAUGAGAUGAGUGCUUUCGGCGGCAAGGCAACUGUUUGCGCCUGGGAAGGUCUCGCCCUCGCCGGGCGAGAGCCCCUGGUCCGAGCCGAAGCCGGAGCCGAAGCCAAAGGCAGAGCCAAAGAGGCGGCGGCUGAGGAGGAUGGAGGAGCGAGGGUCAGGCAGGGCGUCCGCGGGGAUUUCGAUCGCGAGCCACGGACCUUGGUUUCCUUUGAGGUAACUGGCGCAAUAGUGGUGGAGCAUAUGAUGGCCCUCAAAGCAUUGAUCUAUACCCCUUUCUUGCCGGCGCAGGCUAUGACGAGCCUUUUCUACAGGCUCUACCCGAAGGACGCAGAGAAGCCGGACAACUCUGUGACCCCGGCGCCCCACUGGGCGAAGGUCAUCGCCCACGGGGAGCAAGCGGCCAGCGCAGCGCAGGAGGCGAAUCAGGAGCCCUCGGAGUCCGCGAUGUCAGGGGCCAUGGCGGGCCUGGCCUUCAUGCAGGCGGAGCCGGCGUCGGGCAAGCGCAAAAGGAGCGAGGAUCCGGGAGAGGAGGUGAGCCAUUGA